AUGACAGCUCAGGCGGGAAAAGUCGAUCGUGCGCCUCUGCCCCCUCCCUUCUCCCCACGAUAUUCAAGUCAGUUUCACACGACUACGAGUUUCGAAAAAAGCGAUCGAUCUCCCUGGUUGAUAAAUUCAGUGAACAAGGACGAAUCUUGGAAAUUCUACGACGAUUCGGUUGCUUGCGACCGACUCGGGGUUCAUUUGAACCGCUUUUCUCAGGACCAGGCGAGAGAACUAGAAGACAACGACGACAACAACGACAAAGAAGAAGAAGAAGAAGAAGAAGAAGAAGAGGAAAAAGAAGCAUCGGCGCUUUAUUCGCGAAACAGAGGUAGACAGAGAUGCGAUGGCACGCCCCCUCGGUGUCAGAUUUUAUUUAUCGCAUCGUGGCUUUUUAUAAACAUGGAAGCCGUCACAUCUACCGACUACGAUUCAUCGAAUCUCAGCAGAAACUUUAAUCAGGUGGGUUUCAAUACCUACAAUUAUUCGCAGUUCGAGGAAAAGUACAAACCGCGGCAAGUGUUCAAGUACAGCGACGAGUAUGUGGAGUACGGUCGUAACUCUGUCAAACUAGGACCGAAUGAGAGGUUUGCGAAAUUAUCGUCGAAGCAUCAGGACGGUGUGGGUAAAAUCGAUCAGAGAUAUUCGCGUAGUCACUCGCAGCCAGAGAAACAGCAUCAUUCGACCCACGAAACGCGGUCCAAGUCUCAAGAUUCGCGCGAAUUGACCUUCUAUCAGAUCGAUCCGCCUGCUAGAGUGGAAAACGUUCAACACCAUUCGAAGGCUUAUCGUUUCGCAGCGGAGAAGAGCCAGAGCAAAAAGGAGUUGACUUUUUACGAGAUCGAUGGGCCGACGACGCAAGAAAAGACGAAAGAUAGCAAAUUCGAGGUCUACAAGGACAGAAGCGACAAACGGGACAAAUCGCAUAUCGUACAAGAAAAAGUGAUCCCUCCGAAGCACGUGAAACAGAGUCAUCAGGAACAGAAGUCGAACACGCCGCCGAACUAUCAGUUAAAUAGGUCCCAGUCUGAUUUAACGGAAUGUCAGCUGCCGAAUUACUACAAGCAUCAGAACAAUCCUUACAUCGAUCCACCCAAGUAUAGACAAUUCGACAGACCGCCGAAAUAUCAAGAAACACCACCGAGGUCUGAGCCCCCGCCGAAGUAUUCGGAAGUGGCUAAACGCCAGGACGAUUACAAACGUGUUCAGCGAUUACGCGUAACGUUAUCAAUUCGACAGGAGGAGAGGGGCAAACGACAAGGUGGAGGAAUAGGAGGAGGAGGAGGAGGAGGAGGAGGAGGAGGAGGAGGUGGAGGUGGAGGUGGAGGGAGUAUAGGCAUCGGUAGCGGCAGUGGUGGCGGUGGCGGUGGCGGUGGCGGCAGCGGUGGUGGUAACUCCAACAGGGGAACCGGCAGUACUCAUGGCGCCGAGACGCCCUCUAAUCUGGCCAGUAUCACGCCAACCGCGCGAGAAGUAACACGUGGUGUUUCGUCACGAUCGCGAAUCCCUUAUAAAUCGUGCGACACGCGUUACCUGAACAACAAUAAUAACAAUAGCAACUCGAGCAAAGAGGAGACAUACCAGGAUGGUACCGAGGACUCGGAACUAACAUCGUCGUCCAGGUGUCACGCAGAUUCGUCCAAGCCGUCGUUUCAUCAUCAUCAUCAACAUAAUCAUCAUCAUCAUCAUCAUCAUCAUUGUCAAAGUCGGACUUGUGGAAUCGGUGUGGGAAGUGGUAGUAGUAGUAGUAAUAGUAAUUGUGGUACCGUUUCUGGUAAUGUCUGCCACGGUGGAUCCGGUGUGCCAUGCGAUUCGUCGACGUGCGAUAGAUACAAGGGUGCUGUGGAUUCUUUGCUAAAAGCUAGCGAGGCGGUGCAAGGUCGUUUGUGCGACAGAUCGAUGUUGAAGAUCGAGAAACCGUCGACAACGAAAGCGAUUCUUCACGGUGUCGAGGGGAUUGGGAAAUGCGGCGGGGAUAGAAUGAAAUCGGCGCAGGAACUCGGUUACGGCAAGCACGAAAACGUCAAGUCCAAGAGUCACGAUGUCGGUCAUGGGUUCAAAGUCGAGAAUAUUAAAUACUACGGCGAGCUGAAAGGUUACGAUUUUAAAUCGUACGGAACUAUCGAUAAACCGGUGCUGGUUGUCUCUGCUCAUGAGAAAUCGCAUUUGCACGGACCGGAGAAGAACGGUCACGAGAAGUGUCACUCGAAAACGUCUUCCUCGUCGGCUAUGCAGAGUUACGGCCUGUCCAAAGUCGCUGGUGAACGUCCAGCGGAGAAGAGCGUGUACGCCGAUCAUUAUUAUCACCGAUCGUCGCAUUCGAAGCCGCAAAACGCGUAUCAAGUAUACCAAGAGACCAAGUACUCGUACAACGUGAGCGGAGUACCAGGGACGCCGGCGCAGGCCAGCGCAGCCGCAGCUUUCUUCGCAAGGUCAGUUACUCAAUCUACUACUCGCGAUCACGCGCGUCCACCUGUUUUCGCCAAAGAUUUACGGCUCUACCGUUCAUUCUUCCCUAGUCAUUGUUCCUUCUGGCUAUCUGUAAUUGUCCACUGUCUGGCUACCGUUUGUUUACGUGACGCCUCCUUCGGCUGGACGUUCGUUCCAACUGGGAAAUAG